GCGGUGUCCAAACGGUGCUGCUAUCCAUUGGGGGCGAUUCACUGGGGGAUAUGCAUUGCAAAUUUAUAGCAUUUAAAAGCCGCCUUACCUAUCCAUCGGAUACUCAGUCGAAGUUGGUGGAUCGAGUGGACGUGCCACGUGGCAGUUGGGUAGUUUGUGGUUCGGUGGUUUUUUUUUCUUUCUUUUCGUUCGUUUUGCAUCCCGCGUUCCAUCGCCAGUUGACCCGGACCCAGGGGUAGUGUUUUUGGAGUGCAGAACCGGACAAGUAGCAAAGUGGCCACGAUGACGCUCGUGCUGGAGCGGAUGUACGACGUGUACCGGGAGUACAUGGUGGAGCGGCGGGAUAUGCGCAGCGCCCAUCUGCCGCUGGCCGGCAGCCCGUGGCCGCUGAUGCUGCUGCUCGCCACCUACCUGUACGGGGUGCUGCACGCGGGCCCUCGGUUCAUGGCCCAGCGGAAGGCGUACGAUCUGCGGAAGGUGAUCCGGGUGUACAACAUAGUGCAAGUGCUGAUCAACAGUGUCAUCUUUCUGUGGAUUGUCAUCAAGAUGUUUGUCGUGUACCGGGACUACAACUUCUCCUGCCAGGUGUGCAACUUCACGACCGACUACCGGGGGAUGGAGGAGAUGUACCUGAGCUACAGCUACUUCCUGCUGAAGGUGCUCGACCUGGCCGACACCGUGUUCUUCGUGCUGCGGAAGAAACAGUCGCACGUAUCGUUCCUGCACGUGUACCAUCACACCAUGAUGGUGGUCGGGUCGUACUUCGGCAUGCUGUACGUACCGGGCGGGCAUGCCAUUAUGCUCGGCAUCUGGAACACGCUCGUCCACGCGGUCAUGUAUCUGUACUACUUCGUCUCGUCGUACGGCUCGCAGUACAGCGGCUGGUGGAAGAAGCACCUCACGCGCAUGCAGCUGCUGCAGUUCGUUCACCUCGCGUUCCACUUCGGCAUACCGCUGUUCUUUAAUCGCGAGUGCAAGUUCCCGCGCUUCUGGAUGGGGGUCGGGUUCCUGCAGGCCCUCUUCAUCCUCGGCCUGUUUAUGGACUUUUACAUUAAGUCGUAUGUCGUGAAGCGGAAAGAGCAGUAGGUCGUACGGCAGUAGUAGCAGCAGCAGCAGCAGUAGCAGUAGCAGCAAGUCCAUUGACUUCACUUACAAGGGAAUGGCGGGGGGACCAGCAACGCCACCGACCAUCAAGGGGCGACCAUUUCGCUCAGGUCAAAACCAAAAUACAAAAACAUCGAACCAAUCGUACAAAUUUAAGUUUCGUGAGUGUGUGUGUGUGUGUGAAUGCGCCAACAGCGAGUAAUGAACCGAGGAAAAAAACUAAUAGGAAAAAUUAAAUCAAAAUACAAUGACUGAAACAAGUAAAAAAACAAAAAUAAAACAAAAGCGCGUGAACAACGACGAAGACACCAAUGCAAGCGUACCGGUUCAAUGUCAAAGCAGUGUGACAGCACACAGCGCCCACUUCGAUUGCUAAUUACAAUUUCCAAUUCUCGCCCCUCAUUCGCCCACCCCGAAAACGCUAUCCGAACGCUGAAAAGCAGGCGUUGGUGUUGUUGUGUCCACUGUACCCAAGGGGCUGUUGUAGCACCCGGGCAUGUAAGUGCCCCUAUUGAACGACAAUUAAUUACAACUCAUUAUACAAUUUCCACUUCUGAAGCGGCAUUGGAUUUCCUUUGCAGAGCCGAAAAUUGCCAACGUCACUGUGACGGACGCUGGUUCCGGUGUGGUUAGGCCCGAGACCCUAACGAAACCGAUGGCACCGAUAACCUUUACCUCGUUCGCCGUAGGGCCAGCGUAUCGGGAAUGUCGGCCAGCGCCACAUUCGGCCAGGAUUAGCAUUAGUUGUGCCCUUGUCGAGUUACGGUUUUUGAGGUGUUCGUUUAGUGUCUUUUUUUUGCAAAGUUUAUGCUCUUCAAAAAGGACCACGUGGUCACUCCAUUUGCACGGUGUAAUUGCCCUUUUUUGUUGCAAUUCUUACUUCUCCUUAUAUCACUCUGAUGUCUGGACAGGAAUUAAUACAGUUCUAACGGAGUGUUUAGCGACUAAAAUAAAACACACUUAA